AUGGCACCUGUUUCAUUACCACCGGGCUUUCGGUUUCAUCCAACUGAUGAAGAACUUGUAGCUUAUUAUCUCAAGAGAAAAAUCAAUGGCAGGAAGAUUGAACUUGAGAUCAUCCCUGAAGUUGAUCUUUAUAAAUGUGAACCUUGGGACCUGCCUGGAAAAUCAUUACUUCCAAGCAAGGAUCUUGAAUGGUACUUUUUCAGUCCUAGAGACCGAAAAUACCCCAAUGGGUCGAGGACUAAUCGUGCUACCAAAGCUGGAUACUGGAAGGCAACAGGGAAGGACAGAAAAGUAAAUUCUCAGAUGAGAGCUGUGGGGAUGAAGAAAACCCUAGUUUACUACAGAGGAAGGGCACCUCAUGGAGCUCGUACCGAUUGGGUCAUGCAUGAAUAUCGAUUAGAUGAACGUGAAUGCGAAACCAAUACUGGCUUGCAGGAUGCAUAUGCAUUGUGUCGUGUAUUCAAGAAGAGUUUGAACAUUCCCAAAAUCGGAGAUCAUUAUGGCACGCCAGCAGCUGCAGUGACAAGUGAUCGAUCUUCGAGCAUGGAUCCAUACUCGGAUGGAAGAUGUGAUGAUUUAGAGAGCUUUGAUUAUCAAAUGCCCUCAAAUAAUAAUACAGCAAAUGACAGCUCUAAUAAUUAUGGGAUGCAAUCAGUCAACUGCUCAUCCAACGGUAUCCAUGGUUCUCCAUCAUUGACUAGUAUCAACAACAUGGGACAAAGUGAUAGUAGAUGGAUGCAAUAUUUGUCGGAUGAAGCCUUCAGUUUCCCUAAUCCUUCAUAUCCAAAUCAUGGAUCCAUGUCUUAUCCCCCAUCGAAGGUUGAUAUAGCUUUGGAGUGUGCAAGAUUGCAACAUAGGUUUACAUUGCCACCUUUGGAGGUGCAAGAUUUCCAACAUGCUGGUUUUGGGGAUGCUAGGAUGCAACCACAAUCGAGUUAUAUGCAUGGAAGCAUGCAAAACCAUCAACAAGAUAUUGUUCAAGAGAUUCUUUCGGUUGCUCAAGCUUCUCAAAAUUUCAUGAAUCAAGACACUUGGGGAGGUGGUGGAAAUUAUGCUAACAUUAACACUACUACUGAUGAUUUCUCCUUUGUUUCCACCAACAACCACAUGCAUGAUGAUGCCGGCAGUUCGUUCAAAUUCUUGGACCAGUUGAGAGAAGAUUGCAAUUUCAAGCCAAUUGACAUUGGUGGGAUGGAUGAAGAUUUCAAGACUGAUCAAAGGAUGGUUGAAAAUUUGAGAUGGGUUGGAAUGUCCGACAAGGAUCUCGAGAAGUCGUUCUUGGAAGAUUAUAAAACAGUGCCAAUUGAGAACAUAUCAUCAGCUUUUCAAGGAGAAGGGAAUCUGGUUCAAGGAGAAACCAGUCACCAGAAUAACUUGAGCAACACGGAAAACAACAACAAUGAAGACUAUUCAGUAGUUGGAUUUGGAAAUGACAACAACAUUAAUGAAGCAAGUGGUGAAGACAAUUUCUUAGUUGAUGGGGAUGAAGUGGAUGACUUCUCAAGUACUUCAAACUUUGAGGUAUAUGAAAAAGUAGUGCAAGUGAGUCAUGGGAUGCUCGUUUCCACCCGCCAAACAGCCAACACAUUUUAUCAUCAGAUCAUUCCUUCAACCACAGUUCGAGUCCAUUUGCAUCCCAUGAUUGUUCAUGAUUUGCCAGUUGUGAAAUCAUCAUCAUAUUCAUCAAGAACUUCCAACAACGACAGCAUUGUUCAUCCUCAACAGUCUUCCGGGCACCGCCUUUCGGAAAAAUUCACCACAUUUUCAAGGGUUGUAGCAAAAUCCCUCACGCCAUGGAUUAGUAUGAUAGCGAUCCUGAAUGUUUACUUGAUUUAUUUGGGAGAUUAUUUGGUGGAGAAAGAUCCCUUGAAGAAAAUGGAGGAAAUUCAUGAGGAUGAUGAUGAAAUGCAUUUUGGGAAGAAAAUGGUGUCGGUUUCAGUGAUGAAGGGGAGUGGAGGAGGGAGCAAUAUUCAGAGCAAGAUGUGGACUUAUUUGACGAUUUACCUUCAAAGUUAUCAAGAAUGGUUUAGAUGGCAAGAGUUAUCUUCUCAUUCAGUAUCUUUCUUUGAGAGAGUCCUUGUAAAUGAUUCGUGUAUCUGUUUUGCAUGCCCACAGCUUCUUGGCUUGCUAGCUCACUUUAUUGGCUACACUGAUCAAGCACAAUUAUGCACUUAUGCAACAUUUGUCCCCAUUGGCGAAGAUAGCCCUUUACAAAGGGCAGAGUGGAUCAAGUACUUGGGGGUUUUUGCAAACAUGGAAACAAGAGCAAAUAAGGUCUAUGAUACGAUUAAGGAGAAUUACUUGUGUUUGAGCAGAUUAGCUGCCACCAGAACUGCAAACUUUAAACCAGUUGUUGCUUGGAUGGAGUUUAGCAGUGGAGUCUGGUCAUUCACAAAAGAUCCAUCCAAGUUAAAGUACAUUGAGGAUUCUGGGGGAGUGAAUAUUGAUGGCUCCAUCAACAAAAUGACAUAUAACAUUUCAGUACUUGAUGACUUGGAGGAUCUUCAUGCCAUUUUGUGUACUGUAGAUGUGGUGAUUGAUGAAACAUAUAGUCCUGAUCCUGUUUCUUACACUCUCUCAACGUUCCUCCAAAAUACAUAUGUGGAUGAUCACUCCUGUUUUGCGUUUCUUGCAAAUCAAAGCUUGUGGAGAUUUGACAAAAGAAUCCAAAGCUCUGGCAUUCUUGUGCAAGACUGGUAUGAUGGAGCAGUCUCUCAGCCUCAACUAGUGUUGGCAGACCUAAUUGAAGCUUUAUUUCCAUCUGGACAGUAUAAUACAACUUAUCUACGGAAUAUUGCAAAGGGAGAAGGAGUUACAAGCAUUACUCCUGAAAUUUUCCACCUAAAAUUCCCAUUUUCAGGUUCAUUAAACAGUACUACUAUCAUUCUAAAUGACACAGAUCAUUUGCAGUCAAACUUCAGCCUCUUGAUAGGAAUUCUUACUCUUCCAGAUGCCUAUGAUCGCCGCGACUUCCUCCGUCUCCUCUAUGGAACACAAUCCUCUCCCGUCGCCAGGAUUGAUGUCAAGUUCAUCUUAUGCAGACUCACCAAGCCUGAGCAGAGGACUCGAGUGGCGCUCGAGAUCAUGCGUUAUCAUGACAUUAUCAUCCUCAACUGUACCGAGAAUAUGAAUUUCGGGAAAACUUACACUUAUUUUUCUAGUCUACCAAAGAUUCUAUCACGCCCCUAUGAUUAUGUCAUGAAAGCUGAUGAUGAUGUAUUCUUGAGGCUAGUGCCAUUGGCGAAAUCUCUCCGGACAUUACCAAGAUCAGAUUUUUACUAUGGAUUUGUCAUUCCUUGCCCUAGCAUGAAUCCCUUUGUGCAUUAUAUGUCAGGAAUGGGAUAUAUUCUAUCUUGGGAUCUGGUUGAGUGGAUUGGGACUUCUGAUAUUCCUGCAACUGAUACUUUUGGCCCUGAAGACAAGCUUGUUGGGAAGUGGCUGGAUAUGGGAAAAAAGGCUAAGAACAGGUUUUCUAAUAAACCAGCAAUGUAUGACUACCCUGGAACUAAUAGUAGGUGCUCACAUGAUCUUAUUCCGGACACCAUCGCAGUUCACAGGCUGAAAAAGUGGGAACAAUGGAUGCAUGUACUGCAUUAUUUUAAUGUAACUACAGAAGUCGAAAAAUCGAUUACAAUAAGUUGA